AGGCUUCAGUCCGUUUCGUUUUUGAUAAGCUUUAUGACCGCAGUCUGAAGCUGAUUGGGCGGCUGCUGAAAGGGGAAGUAAGACUUACAUUUGCGUUAUUUUCCAGCGGAAACCAGAGAAAACGCAGUUUGUCGUUUGUCGACAAUGUGAGACAUUCAGCCACAAGGUAAAGCUUUUUAAAAACUUGUCAGGAAACCAACCGCGAGGAGACACAUGUUUCAGUUUCCAGAUGUAACGCAGAGAUUAGUUUGAUAGCUCGCACGCGCUUCCUGGUUUUGUCGGAGUCUUCAGACAGAAAGUAAGUCAGAAACAGGCAGAAAUGGAUCUUGCACGGCCGCAGGAAACACCGCAGAACAAGGGCUCCAUGUCGCGGCACAGGGAACACAGCGAUGAGUCUGUCGACAAGAGGCCCACUGACAGCGCUGCGUCUCCCACACAGGAUAAGAGUAGAGUGAUCAGAAGAGUGAGGAGUCCAUCCAGGCCCAGAGCGUGGCUCUCCAAAUCUUACAAACCAAAGUUUCCAGGCGGGUUCUACAAACCUCGCUUCCCAAGGGACGACCACUCAUUCUACAAACCUGGCUUUGCCCACCAUAAGUACCACCACUUCAACCCCCGGGGCUACUUCCACCGGAGAGAUCAUUUCCCGUCAAAAUUUCACCACAUCGCAUUGAGGGAGAGAGAGCGGGAGAAGGAGAAGGAGAAGGAGCGGUACGAGAAGAGAGAGAGCACUGAUGGAGGUUCACCUUCGAAAUCAAACACUACCAGACCUUCCUUCUCCAGAUCCUCUUCCAGCAGAGACAAGGACAUGAAGUUCAUUGAUUCUAAGAGCGACAGGAACCAAAGCAGGGAAAGAGAUCACAGGGGGAGUAAAAGCAAAGAAAGAGAACGAAGCAGAGACCGGGAGCUCCCUUCAACUGCGAGCCAGACGGCGCUACGAGACAGAGCCAUUCAACAGAAGAGGAAGGAGAUAGAUGAGGUGUACUAUCAGGAAUGUGAAAUGUUUGGCCUUGUGGCAAAGAUGCUGAUAGCAAAGGAUCCGACCCUGGAGCGCCCAAUCCAGUCCGCGCUGCAAGAGAACCUCAGGGACAUCGGCAAGCGAUGUGUGGAGGGCAUGGAGAAAUUUAUAGAGGAAUAUGACUCCAGGGAGCCGUCUCACUAAUCAGAGACACACAGUCUUCCUAGCAUUGAUCCUACUGCUAAAUGAGAAUUUGAAUUCAUGUGAUUGAACAUUGCUUUUGCUGUUUAUUUUUGCAAGUAGAAGUGAUAAGUUUGUACAUUUUUAUCUGCUGCCUGGACAAAGUCCCCCCCCCUCUGUGCUCGCCUUAUGUUGAGCAGCACUGGUGAAAAAAAAAUCAAAGUAAACUGUGAUUACGAUUUGGAAAUUUUAUACGGUUUCUAGUUUUGAGAAUUUAUUUCUUAUGAUGAAAGAAAAUACUAAUAAUUGUUUUGUUGCUUUAUAUGUCCUAAUGAAGAAGUCGAAAAUGUAUUUUGACAUCAAACUGACAUGCUUAAUUUAUUAUCACUUGCUUUGAUUUCGGUUACUGCAUAUUAAAAUAUGGUUCAAAACAU